AUGAAAAUCCCAAGUGCUCCUAGGAAGGAAGAGGAAGAGCCCGCGUAUGUGCUAGCCACUGAUGGCACAAUGUCAUCAAUCGAAGCUAGCAUGGUAUCUGACUCUCUGGUUGGGCUGCAAAACGUCGAACAGCGCGACCUAAUGAACCUGGUUGACCGUCUUCGCCGUGCAGGUCUAAGUUCGGUGCUGCAGCUACCACAAAUCGUCGUUUGUGGUGAUCAAUCUUCUGGCAAAAGCUCUGUUCUUGAAGCCAUAACAGAGAUACCCUUUCCUCGGAAAGAGAACCUCUGUACCCGUUUUGCAACUGAGAUUAUCAUGAGGCGAGACGCGGAGUCUGCGAUUCAUUGCAAGAUAAACCCUAACACCGGCCGUGCUGACGAUGAGCAACUCGAACUCCGCAAGUUUUCCAAGUCUAUCCAUGACUUUACUGAGCUUCCUUCGGUUAUUGAUGAUGCAACUACUGCCAUGGGUCUGAAUGACAGAACCGCAUUUUCAAGGGAUGUGCUGAGCGUUGAAAUUUGUGGGCCUGAUCUCCCUCAGCUAUUGCUUACGUUUUGGGUAGUACGUUGGUUGACCUGUCCGGCCUCAUCCAUUCUGCCAAUAAGUCAGUCAGACGAGGACGUCGAACUUAUCAAGUCUCUAGUUGAGAGCUAUAUUUCACAGAAUCGGACCAUCAUUCUUGCUGUAAUCUCCGCAAAGAAUGACUAUGCCAACCAGGUCAUUCUUAAAAACUGUCGUAAAUUCGACCAGAAUGGCGCACGAACCCUUGGAGUGGUUACAAAACCGGACUUUUUACGUCCAGGGUCUGACAACGAGAAAUCAUGGCUUGACUUAGUGAGAAACCGAGAUAUCUACUUUGAACUCGGAUGGCACUUGUUGAAGAAUCGCAGUGAUGACGAGCACCACCUGUCGCUUGCUGAGAGUAACAGCAGAGAACGUGUCUUCUUCAGCACGGGAAAUUACAAUGAUCUCCCUCGAAACGUCAAAGGAAUUGAUACCCUCCGCCAGCGUUUGAGUGAACUUUUAUUUCAUCAUCUAAAACGAGAGCUUCCAAUCCUGAAAGAGGAGCUUGACAAAAUGGCAAACGGCGUUCGCCUGGAACUUCUACACCUUGGGAAAAUUAAGAUGGGGAUAAAUGGAAAUUAUGAAGGGGAAUUCUUUGGUACGGUCAACGCUACAGAGCGUAUCGACAGCAAAGAGAAUUCUCGUCGCCUCAGAGCCGUGGUCCAAUAUCUGAACGUUAAGUUUGCAGCCCGUAUGGACCAGAAGGGCCAUAAAUAUCAUGUGAAAGAUGAUAAUGAAGAGGAUGCAGAUAAGCCAACAUCAGUGUGCCCAACAGUAGCUGGAUGCCCUGAGGAACUGUCUCGUAAAGAGGCAGUCAAACGGGUAGUUAGAAUUCUUGAACGCAGCCGUGGACGCGAAAUUCCAGGAACUUUCAACCCAAUGAUAACUAGCCACCUGUUCUGGGAGCAAUCUGAGGGAUGGAGAGCCAUAGCACAAGAUCAUGCUAACAAGGUUGCUACUAAAUGCAAAGAUUUCCUGCUCCAGGUUCUAGAGCAAACCGCACCACCCGAUCUAAGGGCCCGGAUUAUGAACUUAACUGUCACACCUGCUCUUAAAGCUGCCCAUGAGGCUGCCUUGGAUGAAAUUGAGCGAGUUGAGCAAGAUAAGAAGAGACAUCCAAUAACAUACAACAAUCACUUCACAGAUACCCUACAGAAGAUUCAGAAUCGGCACUCGACAUUUACUGGUGGUGCUGGGUAUGAAGACAGGGAGUACAUUCGACUCGACACGUUCCUCUCUAAUCUCUCCAAUACCACGAAUAAGGACAUGGACAAAUUUUCCGCGGAGCAAGCACUUGACACUCUCGAUGCGUAUUACAAAACCGAGAGGAAAUACUUUAUUGAUGUGGUUGCUAAACAAGUCAUCGAGCGUCACUUGGUUGCACCCCUUGCCGACGUUUUCGCACCAAGAAUACUGGCACGCUACAGUGACAAACAGAUCCAUUUCCUAGCUGCUGAAACGACUGAUGUGAUACACCGACGAGAGCACUUGGAUAAUAGAGGCAAGAUCUUGAAGGAGGGACAGGAAGCCUUCUACAUGGCUAUGGGACAGGAGGAGUAA